CGCCCAGUGGACCCCGGUUGCCAAGGUCUGUCAAGGUCACAGCAUGAGGACCUCCUUCGCCUUCGUCGUGCUUGUAGCCGCCUUCGCCCCCUUGGACGCUGGAAAACUACCCUCUUACAUCAAAGCCUGUAGGAAGGAUGAUCCCAAACUCAACGAAUGUGCGGUCAAAAAUGGACAAGCUGCUAUUCCAUCGUUGAUUCAAGGCGACAAAAGUCUCGGCAUACCCAAGCUCGACCCCCUAGAGAUAGAGAAGGUCGUGGUGGGAGACGCCAACAAGAAGGGAGGCGGAGGACUGGGAAUCACAUUUACCUGUUACAAGUGUAAAAUAUCCGGCCUGAAGGACCUUCAGUUGAAGGACGCAAAAAUCGAUUUGAAGAAGAAGACGUUCGAAUUCACAGGCAAGGUCCCGAAGGUUGGAGUUAAGGGAAGGUACACGACGGAAGGUAGAGUUCUCAUUCUUCCCAUCAAGGGGAACGGCACCGCAGACCUCACUUUGGGUGACCUGAAUCUGAAAUACAGGUUGCUGUACGACCUGGUGAAAGGCAAAGAUGGCAAGGACCACGUCAAAUUUAAGUCUCCCAAACUGGACUUUAAAGUGGAUCAGUUCAAAAUCAAGCUGACCAACCUCUUCAAUGGUGACAAGAAUUUAGGAGAACAAAUGAACGCGUUUUUGAACGAGAACUGGAGAGAAGUUUUGAAGGAGUUCGGCCCAGCUGUUAUUGAAGCCAUCAACCAAAUAAUCGUGCUUAUCACCAACAGCAUAGCCGAGAAAGUUCCCUACGACGACAUUUUCCUUAAAUAACAUCCUUGUGAUAUUCCCUGUCAAUAGCUGUGAUUCCGUAUCUCUUACAAGUUCUCUGGGCGCUCUUUGAAGUUCUUUAACUCUUGAAUUGGGAUUAAAAGAUUAAAAGAGGACUGAGGCAAAGUUUGAUGUAUCGCUGACAAAGUGAUAACAGAAUUUGGAUCAGUUUUUAAUUUAUUAAUUUAUAUUGUUAGAAUAAUUCAAACUGAUUGUUUUGUUAGCUUGUUGUUAUUGUCUACAGUUUGAGUUUAUUUGAUUGUUUGGAUUUCAAUGCCCUAUUUAAAUACAAAUGUAAAAUUUAAUUAUUUUAAUAGCUAUGUUUAGCGUUGAAGUUUAAAUUUGGUUAAUUUUGGCAUUGUUUUAGGUUCAAAUAUGCAAAUCCGGCUAGCAUUUAUGUUUAAAUUCUUCAUCAGAAAAAUGUGGAUAUUUCUAAGACACGAAUUACUAAUUAAAAGUCUUUAAUUUAUUUCCUUGUUCUCUUGUAGAUCCAAUGUACAUUAUUCUUGUAGAUAUUUAGAGAUUUAUGUCCGUUUUGUAUUGUUACUUUGUUAGUAGUCUAUUCUUGUCUAAUAAAUUAUUUUAAGCCUU